AUGACGAAACAGCAAGCACAGUGGGAUCCUUAUGAAAACAAUGGCGGGACCUGCGUUGCCGUAGCUGGUGCAGAUUACUGCGUGGUCGCAGCCGACACUCGGAUGUCCACUGGCUACAACAUUCUUACUCGCGAUUACUCCAAAAUUGUCAGGCUAGCGGAUACAUGUGUGAUGGCAUCCUCAGGGUUUCAGGCUGAUGUGAGAGCUUUGCAAAAGCUUUUAGCAUCCAGGCAUUUGAUUUAUCAACAUCAGCACAAUAAACAGAUGAGCUGCCCUGCAAUGGCUCAGUUCCUUGCAAACACCUUAUACUACACGCGAUUUUUCCCCUACUACUCUUUCAAUGUUGUCAGUGGCCUUGAUGAUGAAGGUAAGACAUUACAUUCUUCAAAGGACCACAAGGAGAUAAAACCUGCUAACUUGUAACAUUGUGGUUGCUAAGUCUACUAACUUGAUUGGGAUUGCCUCUUCUUCAGUUGUACUUUAAGUGAAGAAGCUAUUGAUUUGGUGAAAACAUGCUUUGCAUCAGCCACAGAAAGAGAUAUUUACACUGGCGAUAUGGUGGAGAUAGUCAUAUUGAAUCAUGACGGUGUUCGACUCGAAGAAAUGGAGCUUAGGAAAGACUGA